UUCUACCAUUCAGAACUCCCUGUUGCUUGAUUAAGCAUUGGUGUGUUGCCUCGGCUUUUGGUUCUUGAGGUAGAUAUCAUGUGAUGAAAGGCUGUCAUCGUCUGGAACUCGCAUCACAGCACACACGGCUUCUAUGGUUAGACUAAAACUGGAUAGACUUUGAAAACGUGGCAAAAGUGGGACAAAUCCAGCUGGGUGAAACAGUAAUGUUGCUAAAUCGUAUCUCAGAAAUUUUAGUUUUCGGUUUCGCUGCGCGCGCUCCCUCCCACUUUUAAACACUUCUCUUUUCGACAGACGCGCGCUGCGCUUUUACGCACGACACCAGUGACCCUGUGGAGGAGAGCGGAGUGCCAUGAAGACCGUCUAUGUGUGAGCAUUUAGCUGUCAUCACUGCAAGAAGAUGAUCGUGCUGCCGGCUCUGUUGUUCAUUCUCUGGGGAGAAGAGGCUCGGUGCCUGGAGGAGAAUGGAGGCUUCACUUUUGAUGGAGACCUCCGCCACUUCGCUGUGGCCACCAACACGGUUUACAUCGCUACAGCGGAGACUCUGUACCAGCUGAGCCACGACCUGACUCUGGUCCAGAGUCUGACUCAGAGAGGAAUCCUGAAGGGCGGGUGUCAGAUGGAUGCGCAGUUUUCCCGGGUUUCUGAGACGGAUGAGCGGAACGCGACUUUCAGCGUCAACAUGUUAUUGCCUUUUGUUGAGAAUAAAACUCUGAUCAGCUGCGGUGUGAUCGAGUGCGGUUACUGCGAGGUGCUGGACCUGAAGAACAUUUCAAAUGUGCAGUAUACGGAGAACAUCCAGGUUGGAUCCCCAAGGCGCAGCAGCGCAUCCAUCGGCUUCCUGGUGAAUGUGGAGGAGACAACUACCGAGACUUACAUUCUGACUGCCGUACAGCUAUACGAAGUCAAAUCCACAAAGAGCAGCUGCUCCACGGAAUCAGAAGCGGUACAACUUCGUAACACGAAUCACAAGCAAUACGGAACUAUAUUUUCCGAAAUUAGCGAGUUCUCUACCGAUGUGAUCAAACGUUGUCCUCAAGGCAAUGCGGAGUAUGUGGAUGGAUUUCAGAUCAGUUUAACCAUUUAUCUUUUCUCUAACCUGCCCUCAAGUGACACAAGCAACAGAGUCCGUCUCAUUUGGCUCGAGGGCAAAACAGACAAAGCGCAGACUCUCAGGUCGCUGCGGGGAGCGACCCUCAGCAUCUCUGAUGGGGGGAGAGGCAGCAGACUCCUCGCCUCCUCCGUGAUCCCGGGCGGGCCGCCGGUGCUCUGGAGCGGCGUGUUCAGUGUGGACGGAGGACCCACCGACACAGAGCUGCUACUGUUUGACAUCAGCCCUCCUCUCACCGGAGACACUGAUAAAGAUCCAGACUUCUGCAGUGUCUGCAGCACUGACAGGAUAAGACUGCCGCCAAAGACUCUGAAGCCCACGGCGGUGCUCUUCAGGCAGAAGUCCAUGACCUCGGUACUGGCAGUGAGACACAAGGCCUGGAUGGUUUUCUUCAUUGGGACAGCAGAUGGGCAGCUCAUUAAGCUUGCUGUGGACAAAAACUAUCACACCACCUGUCCCAGGGUGCUCUACAGGGCCACUGACGACCGCCAAGUGUUUCCCAAAAUGCUUCUGGAUCAAGUGGAUCUUAAACACGUGUACCUGCCACUUAGAAACCAGAUGAAGCGUGUACCUGUGUCAAAGUGCAGCACAUACACAAAUGUGCAGGACUGUUGGUCUGCACAGGAUCCGUACUGUGUCUGGUGUGGCACUAAAAAAAGUUGCACAUUUGAAGAUGACUGUCAAGAUUCAGACUGGUUAUCCAUUCCUGACGAUUCUCAACAGAAAAUGGUUUCCUACAAAGUUGUAAAGGACGACACAGGCCAGAUCACACUUAACAUCCAGACACAUCUGAGUGUGGGUCAGAAGGUGUCUAACUUCGCCUGUCAAUUCUCUGCAAGUUCCAGUAAGCUUUGCAGAGACGGCCUUCCUCAACAAUUCCCACAAUGCACCUGCGUCCUUUCUAAUAGCACACUUCCUGCUGGAGGCCUGCAUGUCACAGUUAAGAUUAGAGUUGGGACGACACAAUUGUCUAAAGCACUGAAGCUGUCCAACUGCUCAGACAUCGAGGGACCGCCAACUUCUGUCCUGUGUCGGCAGUGUAUCGGUGCCGGAUGUAGCUGGAGCGAAAAAGGCUGUUCCUGGGCAAAUCAAGGAGUGGGGAAUGACAGUGUUUGCCAAAAGAUGGAGUCAGGGAUGAACUUUUCUAAUCCCAAGAUCUCCUCCAUCACUCCCAGUGUGGUGUCUUUCUACGGCAGAAACCAUGCAGUGCUGUCUGGUUCUAACCUCAGUGAUGUGACCAGAGUGAGGAUCCAAGCGGACAUGGACUGCACUCCACAAGAAUCUCCUGUGUGGAACAACACUGGUGUGAAACUGACGUUCCACAUUCCCAGUGCCGAUAAUAAAGGCGUGGUCAAAGUAUGUGUUCUCCUCCCAGAUGGUAGUUGCCAUGGCAAUGCUACAAUCACCUACCGGUCAUCCCCAUCCUGCACCCACAUUGUACCAAGCAGCACCUGGAUUAGUGGGAAGAGGAAGAUCACACUCAUGGGAUCCCACCUGGAGUUUGUGGAAGGGGUCACGCACAGCCACGCCCCGCAGGAAGUCAGACCUCCUAAGAACAGGAACCAUCAGAGUCUCACCUAUGACACACCUGCAGCUGAAAAAGAUAUUUCUACUAGCACUGUGUUUCUGAAAGUAGCCAAUGAAACCUUGGCCUGCCUACCAAUGACCUACUAUCCAGAGCCCGAGUUCACUAGCUUCACAUCCACAAGGACAGGGGACGAUAUGCGCAUCACCAUACAGAAAAAGGCAGACAAACUGGAGAUGACCGUAGCAGACUUGGAGGUGUGGGGCGUUGAGGAAGAAAACCAACACCCCUGCAUCAUGAAAACCAAAGAAACCAGUAAUGAAACUGACUUUUUCAUCUGUGAGAUUAAAAGGACAGCCAACGCUAACUUUCAGCAGUUAAUGAUAAAGUAUGGAGACAAGACAGUGACACUGAACAUUAGCUCUUCAUUCAAUCUGUACCUGAUGCUUCUUGUCCUUCUGCUGAUACCCUGCAUUAUUGUAGCCGUGGUGAUCGUCUACCGAAGCCAACAGAACAAGCUCACUGCUAAGAUGAACAAGCGUAUGGAAGCCCUGGAGCUCGACAUCAGGAAUGACAUUAGACAAGGUUUUGUGGAUCUGCAGACAGAGAAUGCUGACCUGAUGGAAAAUGUUGGAGCGAUUCCUUUCCUCGACUACAAGCAUUUUGCCUCCAGAAUCUUUUUUCCUGAGAGUGAAUCUUUGAUGACAUCGUUUAUCAAAGACAUCGGUCAGGAUGUGGUGAAGGUUCAGCUUGACGAAUGUUGCCAGGGCUUGUCCAGGCUGAUCCAGGACCAGCUCUUCCUCACAUCUAUGGUGCACGCUCUGGAGGAGCAGAAGAGCUUCACCAUCAAAGACAAGUGUGCGUUGGCCUCAUUACUGACCGUAGCGCUCCACAACAACUUGUCGUACCUGACGGAGGUAAUGGAGGCUCUGCUGAAGGCUCUGAUGCAGCAGAGCAGCAAUGCUCAGCCCAAGCUGCUGCUACGACGCACUGAGUCCAUCGUGGAGAAACUGCUAACCAACUGGAUGUCAGUCUGCCUUUAUGGCUUCCUCAGGGAAAGCGUUGGCCAGCACCUUUUCCUGAUGGUGAGCGCUCUCACGCAGCAGACAGCAAAAGGACCUGUGGAUUGCGUUACAGAGAAAGCUCUGUACACACUCAGCGAGGACUGGCUGCUGUGGCAGGCUCAGGACUUCAGCUCCCUGAAGCUGAAGGUGCUGUUUGCAGUGGGCAGUGAGGGAGAAGUCAGUGAACCUCUGGAGGUCAACGCUCUCAGCUGUGACUCAGUAGAGCAAGUCAAAGAGAAAAUCCUGUCCACUUUUAAGGCAAAGUUUGGUUUCCCCUACAACAGCCCCCUUAGGGACAUUCGUAUCGAGUAUGAGAACAGUGGAUCGUUUGUUACUCUUGAGGAAGUGGAUGCAAGCUCUGAGGUUAUCGGGGAGGUGACCAUGCUCAACACACUCAAGCACUACAAGGUGAGAAAUGAUGAGAACUUCUCUGGAAAAUACUUCCACUUGAUUGAUCCUGAUGUAGACGAGGACCAAAGAAAGAAACCAGAGAGGAAGAAGUUAAAACUGAAGGAAGUGCACCUCACCAAGCUCCUCUCCACAAAGGUGGCAGUGCAUUCAUUUGUGGAGAAUCUGUUCAGAUCUAUCUGGGGGACACCGCACAGCAGAGCCCCGCAGGCUGUCAAAUACUUCUUUGACUUCCUGGACUCUCAGGCAGACAACAUGAAGAUCACCGACCCAGAUGUCCUUCACAUCUGGAAGACCAACAGUUUGCCUCUGCGCUUCUGGGUCAACAUCAUGAAAAAUCCCCAGUUUGUUUUCGACAUGGAGAAAACUCCACAAUUGGACAGCUGCCUGUCUGUCAUUGCUCAGGCCUUCAUGGACUCCUUCUCGCUCAGUGAGACCCAGCUAGGAAAGAAUGCACCAACCAACAAGCUCCUCUAUGCCAAAGACAUCCCAAAGUUUAAACAGGAAGUCAAGGCUUACUACAAGCUGAUCAGAGAACAGUCACCAAUCACAGAUUCUGAAUUCAAGGAAUUCCUGCAGGAAGAGUCAAAGAAACAUGAAAACGAGUUCAACGAAGCUGCAGCCCUCAGAGAGCUCUAUAAAUUCAUUCAGCGAUACUUCACAGAGAUCAAAGAGAAGCUGGACCAAAACGGAGCCCCUGCUGAGCUGACAGAACAACUACAUCAUGUUAAAAAAUCAUUUGAUGGCCUAAAAAGCUGCUCCUGGAACUGAGCUUCAGUCCUUUUUACUCCCAUGAAGUAACUGAAUGACAUGGAAAUAGGGUGGGGAUCAGAGAUCAGGCAGGGGAGUGGGGUCCUGGCCCCUCUGCACCAGAGACCCCAGUUCCUCCAGCUGCUGCUGCUGGGCACUUUCCAGAUCCUCGAGCCUGCGACGGAGCAAAGACAGCUCCCUC